GUCGCUGCAGCCGGGCUCCGCCUCCCGCCGCCUCCUCCCGCCGCCGCCGCCGCGUCCCGCGCCUCCCCCUGAGGGCUGGGAAAGAAAUCCAAAGUCGUGACUCAGGAGGCGCCUUGGGAAGGAAGAAACCCUGGACGUCUUCGGCGUGGCCGUGUCUGUUCCUCUAUCUCCCGUUCGGCUCGAGAACUGAAAUCCCACGGUUUGGAGGACAUUGAACGUGCUGCCCAGCAGAUGCGGCUUUGUCCUGAAGCAGCCUUGCGGUAGUCUGUCUCCUGCCUGUCCGGGCCCCCCAGCAGACGCUCCUGUGCAUCCAGCUGCCUGCGCCGGGAGAGACCUGCCUUGUUUGAAGAUCUGAAUCAUGUCUCACCCAUCCUGGCUCCCGCCGAAGAGCACUGGCGAGCCCGUUGGCCACGUGACUGCACGAAUGGAGACCACGCAUGCUUUUGGGACCCCCAGCAUCUCGGUGUCCUCCCAGCAGAUGCCGAAGAAGUUUGCCCCCGUUGUUGCUCCGAAACCAAAGUACAAUCCCUACAAGCCGCCAGGAGGGGAUGGGGACUUCCUGCCGCCACCGCCGCCUCCUAUGGAUGAUCUUGGCAACUUCCCUCCGUCGUCUGGCUCUUUCCCCCCUCCUCCGCCUCUGGAUGAGACCGCAUUCAACGUGCAGGCGAAUCCUGGCGGCAAGACCCUGGAGGAAAGGCGAUCCAGCUUAGAUGCGGAGAUCGACUCUCUGACCAGCAUCCUGGCGGACUUGGAGAGCAGCUCCCCGUACAAGCCUCGGGUUCAACAGGGCUCUGGGAUGCCCCCCGGUUCCUCCGUGACCGCCGGCCCAGGCUCCACUCCUGUCACCGGGCACAAGCGGAUGAUUAUUCCAAACCAGCCUCCUCUCACCGCCACCAAGAAAUCCACCAGCAAGGCCCCAGCUCAGCCGUCCCCCAUCCCAGUCACUCCAGUGGGCACGCUGAAGCCUCAACCAGUCCCAGCUUCUUAUACCACCGCGUCCACUCCCAGCCGGCCGGCAUUCAACGUGCAGGUGAAAAUGGCUCAGCCCAGCCCUCACUUCCAGCCGUCCGGCCCUCAGCCCGGUCUGUACACCAGCCUCGGUCCAAACCAGCCCUAUGGACCGCAGCCGACUCGCCCCCCCGGGCCAGCCCAGUACGCUCCAUCCCAGCCCCGGGGCCCGGAGUACGGAUACGCUCCCCAGCUCGCGCGUCCGUCAGAGUCUGGCUACGGCUACGCGGCACCCCAGGGGCGUUACCAAGACCCUUACUACGCCGGGGGCCCUGCCUACGGAGGAAGAAACAGCUCCGAGCCGCCCUAUGCUCCCCAAAACACCUGGAAGCCCGAGCCGGCGUAUCCCGCAGCCAACACCAUGGCCCAGACCCCCGCGGGGAUGUACCAGCCGCCCGGCACAAAGAAGACCUACAUCACCGAUCCAGUCCUGGCACCGCAGCCGCCACCCUUGCAAGCAAAGGGCGGGUACCCUGGUUCUGGCCCAGCAUCAAAUGCUCCCGCCUUCAGACCAGAGGAUGAGCUGGAGCACCUGACCAAGAAGAUGCUGUACGACAUGGAGAACCCUCCCUCGGAUGACUACUUUGGCCGUUGUGCUCGUUGCGGCGAGAACGUGGUGGGGGAAGGCACCGGCUGCACCGCGAUGGACCAGGUCUUCCACGUGAACUGCUUCACCUGCAUGACAUGCAGCAGCAAGCUCCGGGGCCAGCCUUUCUACGCGGUGGAGAAGAAAGCCUACUGCGAGCCCUGCUACAUCAACACGCUGGAGCAAUGCAGCGUCUGUGCCAAGCCCAUCAUGGAGAGGAUCCUUCGAGCCACGGGGAAGGCCUACCACCCCCACUGCUUCACCUGCGUGAUGUGCCACCGCAGCUUGGACGGGAUCCCCUUCACCGUGGACGCCGGCGGGAACAUUCACUGCAUUGAGGAUUUCCAUAAGAAAUUUGCACCGAGAUGUUCUGUGUGUAAGGAGCCCAUCAUGCCGGCUCCGGGUCAAGAGGAGACCGUCCGCAUUGUGGCUUUGGAUCGCGACUUCCACGUUCAGUGCUACCGGUGCGAGGACUGUGGCGGCCUCCUGUCUGAAGGGGACAACCAGGGCUGUUACCCUCUGGAUGGACACAUCCUUUGCAAGACCUGCAACUCUGCUCGGAUCCAGGCACUGACUGCCAAGGCCAGCACUGACCUCUGAGCCCCCACCGCGACACUCCCAAUUUGUCUGCUGGGGAAUUGCACAAGCGUUGCUUUUAGCCUGACUCCUUUCCAACCUAAUUCUCGAUUGAAAAGGUAAAACUGGAAGGCCUUGGACCAAGAGGGCUGGUUCCUAAGUGGGGUUCUCCUGAACCUCCAAAUGAUUCAUCUUGCCUGAGAUAAAGCUGAAACUGUUGGGUUUGAUUCUUCUCUUACAUGUGUGACAGUCUGAUCCAGUUCUUGCUGGAAGCCCUGAGUUGUUUUGCAUUGAUUUUUAAUGAGAUUGGGAGUGAAGUCUCUCAAUUAGAGCUUGCUCCAUAGUAACAGACUGCACGCGUGUGAGACGAGAAGCCGUGUCUCAACACGGCCUACGCAGCGCUGACCCCGCCGAGCUUUCACGUACGUGUGGCUUGUAGGGGGACCCACAGUUGGACUCUCCACCUCUCCCUCAUGUCCACGCUUGUCUCCAUUCCCUUCCAGUUUAAUACCCUUUUCCUUUUUUGUUAUACAAUCAUAGUUUACUCUUGCUUAAAUGUAUUCAGUAACAAUACUUCCAACUCACAGAUGCUUAAACAUUUCUGUAUGAGCAAUGGCUGAAAGAUCUCAGCUCGCACAUAUGCUCACCCAUACACAUGUUGGUUUACUAGAGAUCGGGAGCCAAUUAUGUACGUUGAGAAGCGAUGUUAAUUAAGUUUGGGUCUGAAAAGGUUCAAAAGCAACCCCACGUGGUUACAGUGAUGCUGACUAAUAAUCAUUACUAUCCAUGAGCAAUGCUCAAAAACCCUUAAGCCAGCCAUCGAUCAGUGCAGCGGUGUAGAAACCCAAUGCAUGGGCAGGGGUGGUUUCCAGACUGGUAAAGUCAUGCCAUUUUGAUCCACCCUCUGCUGACAUCAAUGGAAAGAUUCCCAUUGACUUCAAUGGGCGUUGAAUCAGACCGGAAGGGGCUUUUGCAGCAUACUUGAACAGGAAUUACAGUACGAGGCACUAUUCAAUUCUGGGCCCUUUCCAAAGAGCUGACCCAGUUCUUUCUCCAUCUUGAGAGUCCCACAGGGGCAUUUUUGCUGCCAAACAGGAAAAGAGGGACGUGGUUCUGCUUGCCUUUGCUUUUAGUUUCAUUCCAAUCAUUUUUUUUCUUCCCAGUGAAGAAACAUCAUUUUACAGGAACGGCGGAGUGAUUGGCGUUCCAGGCAAAGGGGACACGCUAAUCCUCUCUUCCAGGAGUUAAAAAUUAAGACCAAGGUCAGCGAACACCUGGGCACGGGCAGCUCUUGGAGGUUUGCCUUGUUUUGUUGUGUUUGUUAAUUAAGAACCGAAUUAUAAAUCUGCAGCUCGUUUUGCGGGAGCUUUAAUACUCUUGUUUACGAAACCUCUAAUAACUAAGGUGCAAAUUACAGAACGAAGGAGCAAUUUUCAUAUCACUGAAUUGACAUUAAUGUCUUAUUUGCAGAUGUAAUCAAAAAGAAUACCUCUCUGUGCACUUACCAAAUUACAAGCUGGAGUCAAAGCCGUUGAGGGGUGAUUGACCAUAUUAAUAACAAACUGGUGGAUUUGACUAUUAAGUUUUGUGAGGUUUUUUUUCCUCUGGUGCACACAGUAAUAGAAAUGGAAAAUACAGUGCUUUCCUUUUUAGCACAAAAGCCCAGCAUAAUUAUAACUUCCCAUCUAAAUCCCUGUGGAUGGGAUGAAUGGCUGUAAAGCAUGGGAAAAGAUGGAAAAUUGACUCUGACUGUAACUCCUGGAAUUGGUAUGCUUCCUUUCCGUUCUGCAAAGUCCCGUUGCAUGUCACAGUGAACAACUCCAUGUCCAUAGUUAUCGAGCCAUUGUACUGAAUUAGAGAAUUGGGGUCUGAUUGUCCUGUCCAUUAGUGCAGGUAUGCGCUGGGCAAACUCCAUUGGCUUUACCCUAAUUAGCCCCAUAGCAACCUGUGGGAUGUUUGAUCCAUGGAAAGGAAUUUUUCUCCUGUAUGGAUUUCCUGGCAGGGCAUCAACUAUGCAAAAGCAUCUCAUCUUCAUAUCAAAAUUUCACACCCAGCUUUCACAAAUGUUACCGGCCGUAUGCAGGCAAUUCGUCGUCACUUGUCUCGGCACGUUUUUUUUUAAUAGGUUGCAUUUGGGCUUCUCACCACUGGCGAUGGCAACUCAGGUCAUGUUGAGCUCGCUCAUUUUACGUGCAAAAGAAUGUUAAAUAAGUGCUGUUUGAAUGAUCUCUGCCCAAACGGGGAAGUUCAGCCCGCCGACGGUGCCUUCCUUUUCAUCACACAUCUCAUCGUGUUCGUGCCUCGGUCGUGGGUUCCUUAGCGCCUCCUUGCCGAAGCACGACGGGAGUGUGAUGUCUGCCGUGGAGGAAGUCACGGAGCGGGCGGCAGAUCUAGCUCUGAACUUCCAUAUCCUUGCAGGUUUAAAUUGGACGGUUGCUGCAUCUUUAUAGCUCCGAAUCACACAUUAGAAAGCGAUGAGAAACAGCUGCUGUAUCUACGAGGUGGGAACGUGAUAUGGCUUGAGAUCGAGGCUGCGGGGUUCUCCUGAUAACCACAGACUAGAUUUUGGCCAAGCCACGUGUCGGUAACCUCUCCCUGCACACCAGGACUUAAUCGUGCAAACCGACUUCCCACGUGGUGCGAUUUUAAUUGCAUUCAUUAUAGAAUGGCCCAAAUGGCAGCAUCCAGAUCCAGAUCCUCUCUUUCCAAAAUAUCUGCCCGUGUCUGGAUUUCAGGUUUUAAAUUAAGUCAUUCAAGAACCAAGAAUAAGCCCGGACGCCCUGCCCCGAACCUCCGAGCAGGUGGGUGCGUUGCAGAAAGGGUCUCGAGAGGUCUCUGGAUCGGAGGUGCUCAAAAGGGCAUAAGCAUUGCUCUCCUUCCCUGAACAGCAGCUGUUUUUCAGACUUAAAAUAUCCAAGCAAAACUCUUAUUUCUUUUUAAAUAACACUCAGAAGCAGUGACCCGUUUGAGUGCGUGAGUGAAUGCUUAGAAUAGUUUUUUUGUUUUAAACGCAUUUGUUUGUGGUGCCUACAUUUGCCAUGACUGUUCUGGAAUGGGAAUGUUAUCUGUGUGACAUAGAGGCUGUCAUCACUUAUCCGCAUGUCCGCCCCGUUCGACCAGGGUCUGAAGCGAGCGUGCCGACGGGCCGUUGCGGCGCGUUCGUGCACCGCCCAAGCAUUGCUUCGUCACAAUCUUGAGCUUGUAUUUAUUAUGUAUCCUCGGUUAUCUCUUUCCAAAGAAAAAGCCUUGAUGCCAAAGAGACCUUGUUCUUUGAAGGUCCCCUUCAAGUCCUGAUAUCAAGUCGUAUCAUCUCCCCAGGGCAGUAACGCUCCAAAACUUUCCUUUUACAAGGAGUUCGACUAUUACCUAGACCUUUUUCCUUGGAGGCUCUUUGGCUUUUCUAGCAUGCCGUAGAAAAUGGAGCCUGAUCUAGUUUCAUAUUGCCCAGGUGGAGAUGUGAGACCCAGGAUCAAGCCCAGAUCCAGCAAACUAUUUAAUCCCGGGCUUAAAUGCUUGCUUUAAGCGUGGGCUUAAAUCUGUUCCUCAGUAGGACAUACAUUUAGGACAUCAGAUUUGGUUGCCUUGGUUACAGCCAAAUCCCCUGGCACACCCCCAAAGUGAAUUCUAGUUUUGUUUUUGUGUUAGCGUGAUGGCUUUUUAUUGUCAUUUAUUGUUUUAUUUUAAUCAUUGCCUGAAUGUUACCUUUUCAAGCAGAAGGCGACAUCACAGCUUUAGCCUAUCCGAUAAUGCACCUUUGAUUUUUUUUAUAUAUAUAUAUAUAUAUUUUUUUUUUUUAAAUAUUAAUUUAGGGGUAUUUUUAGCACUGCUGCCAAACACUAGUCACCAUGACAUCUAGCAGAGUGAAGCUUACCAUUGAGCUGUAAGGCAGAGGCAAGACUUACGGGAAGCCUUGGCCAGGUUUUGGCGUGUGGGGAUGACUUGCACCCCAAUUCUUCUGCAGAUGUUGUGCCAGUAUUGCACUUGGUCACAGAUGAAGUCCAUCGGUGGUUUGGAUAGGAGGCUGCCAACCUGGGCAAGCAUAGUGAUUCCUCGCCUAGAUGGAAAGGAGGAUUAGGUCUUCUUGGAGAUAAUUCCCCAACAGCUAGUGGAAGCACAAAGGGCACAGCAGACUCCUCGUCGGAGUCCUCCCCGCCAAGAAGAUCUCUUGGGGAGCUCUUUGCUAGGACAUCCAGUGCUUUGCUACUUCGCGUCUAUCUGAAGAGCUCAAAGCCUUUUUCUUUUGCAUUUUCAGUUGCGUCUUGUUCCUAUCCAUUGUUUGAAUCCUGCCUUGGUUCAUCCAGCAGCGCUGAUCUUAUUUUACAUAGCUGUCGCAGCUGUCAGUCAGGACCGACAGGCAAAGACGUGCUGCCGAUUGGCGCGGUGACACUCGAAAUAGCAAACACGAGCCGUGUGCCGAGAGCCGAUGGAUGGCAGGGCGCGAGGAGUGACGUGCAAACAGAAGUGGAGCGGGACGCAGCAACACUACUUAGCACCAGAGAUGGUCACACUUUAACACUACACUUCUCUCGUUGUUGUUAAAAGUCGGGGCCCUUUCCGACAACAUUUCGGGGGGGGGAGAAACUGCAAAUGCUAACAACACGUUCUCUUUUAACAAUGUUUUCUGCAGCAUUAUUUUAUGAUAUUUGAAUCAGAUUUAUUGAAAUUUGCACUCGUGGCUUUUUUAAAUAGGUAGUAAGGGUGUUUUUUUUUUUCCAUUCUUCAUUUUCUUCCUUGGUAUUUUUGAUAUAUGAAACAAUUUGUAAUGACUUGGAUAACUUUUUAUAGGAUAGCGCCACAAAUGAAGAAUGGGAAAUAACCCCUUCUUUGACCCCGUGACAUUUCAUACAACAUCUUUUCUUCAGUUUUGAAUGACUUGACUUCUGGGAGGCCCCCCAUCUUCCUAGGGCAGUGAUUCUCAACCAGGGUUUCGUGGUGCACCGGGUGCCUUGAGGGCCAUUCAAGGGUGCCACGGGUUUACCGCAAGGUUUUAGGUGUGCAAACUUAAUUCACAAGAUCAACCCAGAGGUUUCACACACAAGUUCACAGCGUUAAAACCCUUGUGGUCUUUCUGGGGUCUUUGCAACAGAAGAAUUACGGUACUCUAGUAUUUUUCCGUAGUCCAAAAACCAGCAAAAACACAAAGCGGUGGCAUUUUCCAAGGGGUGCCUCGAGUCCAAUGAGGGGUGCCUCGAGUCUAAAAAAAAGGUUGAGAACCGCUGUCCUAGUUGAUUCAACCCAACUAAUAUGGCUGUCUUGAGAAAAACAGUAUUACUUCUUUUGGGAACAGUGUUGUCUCCAUUCUUCCAACCAGCCGAUGAGCAUUUAGGAAGAUGAUGAGCGUGGCAGUUGCUAUGUCCUUUAUUUUAAGGGGUGAAGGGUGCAUGCAGAUUAUUGCAGUUGCUAUCAGGAAACACUAACUGACCCUCCCUCGGAGCCUGGCUUCAUCCCUUCGAGCUUGGGAAAGGCAUUACUCCAAAUACAUUUCCAGAGAUAUCUCUAGUCUUCCUUUACAUUUCAGUUCGAAGGUGCAACGGUUGAUUCGUCUAUCCAGGCCCUUAGUUUUGCAUUGAUGAACCAUGAAGAUAGCACCACACCCCUUCUUUAUCCAUUUGUGAAACCAUCCAGUCUAUUUGGCGCCUCUCUGUGCAAUGGAAAUGUGUACCCUAAUCAAGGGCUCUCGAUGGACUUGUAGCAUUGAAGUUCUCAGAUGUAACACUGACAUCCUCGACUUUUUACAAGAAAAAACACUAAUGGAAACUUUGCAACGGUUGGUUUAGGAAUAGACCCACCCGCACGUCCACAUUGCACUGUUUGGAGACGAUGACUGAUUUGACAUACAGUCGAGUAAUUGGUGCUGUUCCUAUUACACAUGCCCUUUCUUCAUCACUACUCUCCAUCGCUUUGGCAUUAUAAAUAAGAUUCCCCCUCUGAUUCUGUAGCUGAGUUAAUAGGAGCAAUUUUAAAUGGUCUUUUUUUCCUUGUUUUUGGGGGGUUUUGUGCAACUCUUCCCAAUUAUUUUGACAUCUCAAGAAAAGGGGCCGAGAACGGUGACCUUUCCAGUGGUUAGAGUCCGUGUUUGCAGCUCCGUCUCCGUCUCCCUCGCUCACCCCAGGUCACUCGCACGGCCUUUUGCACCCUCUGUGUGAGCGUGUCCACGUGUGUAACGAGAGUACCUGCCGCUCAGACGUGUCGUGAGACUCAGCCAAUACUUACCAGAUUGAUUCAGCUCUUGAAUCAAAGCAGCCCUAUGCAUCCAUAGCAUCAGAGGCAGGGGAUCCACGUGCCUGCCAUGCGAAUCUCAAAAGGAAGUGAUUAUACUCGUUGCUUUUUAAAUGAUACUGAAAUUGUACCUUAAAUCUUCCUUAAAAUUUACCUGAAAAAUCAGUCAACGUGAACCACAGAGGCAUAGGAAAGCAGGGACUUAUCAGGGAGAAUCCAAUCAGAUAUUUGUUUUAAGGAUGAAGGGUAGGGGUGUGUAUAUAUAUAUAUAUAUAUAUAUAUAUAUUCCUUCAAAACUUGAGAUGUUUGUAGUUUUUCUCCUGUAUGUAUUUAUUUAAUAUCUUCCUAUCAAUGGGGCGGCUGCAAUUCUCACUUGCGAGGGAUCAAAGGGUCGAUCUGGUCUAGCGCAUGGAGUUUGUACCUUAUUUCUGUUCUUUCAAGAGGUCACUGGCUUUUUUUUUUUUUUUGCAUAAUUAGAUCUCUUUAUAUAGAGACCAGUCAAUACGAAUCUUUUUUUAGUCCGCGAGUAUUUUUUAAUUAACCAAAUCUCGGGUCGGCGGAAAAGCGCUGGGUUGUUGGGGGGUUUUUUUGCUCUAUAUAAACGCUGCGUUUCAUUGAAAAGACACAAUCAGCAUCUCCCUAUAUAUCUGUGUGGUCAUUUUAUUGCUGUUCUACAUCCAAAACUAAUAUUGAGCCAGAUUGCAAAGGCAAACACUCGAUGUGACCUAGUUCUUUUGAGCAGCGAGCAUCUUUUGUCGGCUCAGCUCCUGCUUGUUUGUGCGGCUUUUUUAAAUGCUGGAUUGCAAAAUGAGAGUUUCCUAAAGAGGAAAAGAAAAUGGUGUUUGAUGGGCAGGAAAUUCGGGGUUCUCCGGCCUGGCGCGUUUUUCCCUUUGAAUUCAACGGUCGUAGUGUUUUAGGCUCAUGCCGGGACACGCAGUCAGUUUGGCCGGUAGUCCGAUUCAUCCCGUUGCCCCUAAGCGGCUGCAGCCCCGCAAAGCUUUUCAGCAGUCCUGGCUGCCUUCCCUAGCUCCCAUUUGGUACGUAUUUGCACAAUUGAACCGAGCUUUUCUUUCUGCGGGAGGUCAGAUGGGAGCGAUACGAAACACUACAUUUUCUAAACAAGCGGAGCCGUUGCAGCCGCGGCGCUGGGGGCAGGACCGCGACUUUCGGUGGCUGCUCCGCUCUGCAGGGCGAUGCUGAGAGCGCCCGUCCCUGGCACGGGAUGCAAAACCACAGCCGUUGCUUGGUAGUAAAGUGCUUACUGGAGCCCAGCUGCCCGGCUCCGGCGUCGCCCUUCCGGCAGCUUUCCCUCUUCCUUGCACGAAGGGAAACUUUCCCAACCCGGGGCGUAUAUUUAGCCUUUCUCUUGUGUAAGAAGCUGGCAGCGCUGGAUGCUCCUUAGGAUUCUUGCUGAAACCUCGGCGAGCCACGGAUGAAUGGCUUGUGUUUUUUAGUUUUUUUGGUUUGGUUUGGUUUUGAUGAGAUUAGACAUUGCAUAUUGAUGAGCGAGCGUUUCAAAGGUCCGUGGGGCUUUGGUACGUAUUAAGAAUCUCUGAAGUUAAUAUUCGCCACGUUUUCCAUAUUCAGAAGGAGCGAUCUGCAUAAAAUGGCUUUUGAUAUCCGUGUAUCGUGGGAGGGGGGUAGGUUUUGAGCAAACACUAGGGGGUUGUGGCUCAGCUGAUUUGUGCUUUUAAAGCCUCUCUUUGUUCCCACGUAUCAAAACCAUCAUGAGAUAAGCAGCCCUGGUGCUGCUGACAAGCCAGUCUGAGCAGCGGUGCUGGUCGUGGAGCCAGUCCUGGCUUCACCGGGAUUUCCUGAGGCUGGUAUGGGUUAAGCCCCUGAAUUAGGUACCAUAUUUCCAGUGGGAGUCGAGGCACAUCCUUGCCUGGUCCUGUGGCUGAGCUCCUUUCCUUCCAGUUCAUACCAUUGCACCGGCAGCAGACGCGGGCAGCCGUGAAGGCUGGCCUCGAGACGGUGGCUCUCUCGUGUCCGCACACUUACUCUUUCCAGAUGUUGAAGCCUAGCUGCGGUCAGGCUGCCUUUAAAGUAUGUCAGGGCAGCCUUUUGGGGGUGGAAUGACUGUCAGGCAAAUGCUUCUGCGGAGGCCGUGAUCCCUGUCUCUAUGGGGAGAAAGACGGGGCGAAUACAGCCUGCAGAUACAGCUUUCCAGUGCCGUGCUGGCCCUCCCAGUCUCCCUUCAGCUUGGCUUCCCUCCAGGCAGGACAUUUGGACAUAGGCUGCUUGUGGCAUCCGGUUUUUCCUUUGCAAUCACGACUCCUUCCUUCGCAGGGGCCGUGUUUCUGAGAAGAGUGGCCAAGCCUAGCUGGGGGGAGAAGGAGAAAGCUGCCUUCAUUUUGGGCUCACAAAUGUCGCACAUCCCUGGUGCUAUCACCUUAUCGCUCCCUUGCACCUGUUGACAAAGGUGAGGUUUGAAAUAUUAACAGCGAGGGCUUUUCGGCCUUGAAAACCCUGCCAGAUUGCCAGCAGAACAAGAGAGUUUAAGGUUCGCCCUUCGGCCCACGCUUGCACGGUUUUGAUUUGAAAUGAGGUUGUCCCACUUGCAAAAGUCCAACCAAACGGACGCUUUCCGUUCUUGCAAAGAAAGGACGACUCCAGCCGGAGCAAACCCGUGUUCGUCACACCCGGGACGUUUCCUCGGAGGGCUCCUGGAGCCCAACCGCUCUCCGUAAUAAAGGGCAGAGCCCGUGAUCGCAGCCUGCGCGGUGAUCUUACCUCCCCACAUUACGAUUUACUAGGUAUCGCAGUGCUGGCUUCGGUCCAUGCGUUGGCUGCUCUCCAUCCGGGAGACCGCCGUGCAAAGAUGCAGGGACUGCAGGUGGGGGAGUCUUCCUCUUUCUCAGGCAUCGGCGUGGUUUUAGGCUUGCAGCAAAGCAGACGGGGAACGGGAGAAAGCGUUACCAACCCUGCACAGGAGAGCGCGGGCUGCGUGCCAGGCGUGUAUUUUCGGAGACCUUGGAAUGCAUGUAAGAAUGAACUUUUGAAUCCUUUUCAGGCCCUAACUAGCAUGCUUUCCAGGGAGGGAGUUUACAUACCAGCGUUUCACUGAUGGCAGCAGUUUCUGGAGGGCUUGAACUUUCUUUUGGAGCUAAGAUUGCAGCCCGCACGGUUGCAAAGAGGGCUCUUGUCCAGAGCCACGGGGCUGCGCACGCAUGGCAGGGGGAAUGCAAGGCAGGGGUAACUUCAGCAAAGUUCAAGUAGUAGCAAGCAACAACGAGCAAGCCUGGGAUCAAUUGUGAGCCCUUCAUGCCACCCAUUCGUCUCCGUGACCCUGAAAGCUGCCGGUGACUAAGCAAGACGGUCACCUGAAGAUCCAACCAAACAAAGUGUUAACUCUGAAACCUAACAACGACCCCAUGAUUUGAAUGUAGUUGAAUCUGAGCUAAUUGUUCUGGCAGAAAGCUCCCAGCUCUUCUGGGAAGUGGACUAGAGUUUGGAAACGCUGGUUAAACAACAAUAGAGUACUCCUUAUACAUUAAAUUGCAGCCCUGGGGCUAUCUUGGCUGGAUGGCAUGGUAAGUGUAACAGUAUAUGCAAAAAAAAUAUUAACAACCAAGCAGGGAUAUUUGAAAUGCCCCUGAUGCUCUUAUGCAAACCCAAAACCUUCCCUUCUUCUCAAGCUUGCACUAUCACACCUUCCCCCUUUUUUUUUUUUUUUUGAAGUCUGACUUUGUAAAAAGCACAAAGAUGAUUUUUUUUUUAACUCUACUUCUAAGAAAGUCGAUACUUAAAAGAGGGGAAAAAUCUCCCUCUCAAACACUUGGGUUUUUCAGGCUUGGAAAUAAUUUCUACACCUGACCCAGUUCCUGCAGCUGCCAAAAAAGAAAAGAGAACGCUAUUUAAAUUUUUCAGAGAACCAUUUAUCUCUGAAAAUAUGCCAUAGCAAUUUGAGGUGGGGGUGGAGACUUAGCUAUUUAUCUCCACAGCCUGAUAUUUCUCUUUAUGUUUCUAACUGUCAAGGGAAAAGAAAGGGGUAGGAAGCUAUUCUUGGGCUAUUAUUGAUGUAUUGUGUUGCCAUUAUGUAGGAUGUCUGCUUUCCUAUACACUGAAGGACGUUAAUAAUAGCUCUCUUUCCCCCAGUCCCUCUUUGGGAAGAUAUGGAUACGACCUGAGCCCCACUGCCCUUUUCAGUACAUAUCUAUUUUUUCAAUACUCAUUUCUAUACCGGUUUUGGGAGCAGGGCACAUCAAGCGGAGUGAGAUGGGGCAUCUCCCCAGCUUUUCCACCCACCUGCUUUCUAUUUCAGGUGAACCGCGUACCUAUUCCCCACCUGCUCCUUCCUGUUUUAGACUGUAAAUGCUUCUCUCACUCGAUCUUUAUACGAAGCCUCGUGCGACAGGACCUUGCGUCUGAUAGGGGCCGCGGCGCUGCUACAGAAGGGGAAAAAAAAACCCACAUCCGUUUGGUCUUACGUUAAAAAUAGGCAGCGCUGCUUGGGGAAAACGACUAGGAAUCUGACACCGCUGCAUUUAAACUCAGCCUAAAUUACUGAAACGUCACACUUCCAGGGAUGCGGGGCUUGCAUUUAAUAGGCCAGAUGGAUUAGCAAUGCACGUGGCGAACAGAUUUAAAAUAAUGCCAGCGUUCAGGGUCCCCUGAAGCGUUGGAAGACCAGUGUCAGCAACACAAGGUGGUAACGAAGGCUGUGAAGCCGCCUCCGAGCAGAAAGUGGAAGCGCACGAUGCAAGGGAAAAGCAGAGGACAGAAGCAAAGGGAUGGAUGUAACAGGCCUGAGGGAGUAUGGACCCCCCGCCUCCGUUUUGCAGGAGAGCUGCAUGCAACUCGUGAGAGUUUCUGAAAAUCAGGCCCACAUCUCUUCAGUCCUUUGGUUAUCAUUACUCGUCUCGUGGUCGUGCUGCGCCGAGCCCUGUAUAAAGGCCGGGGGUGUCCGUGCUCCCCGUGGAGAGAUACCGGAGCCAGCACCAAUUGCACAAAGCAAGCAGCACCCCGUUGCAUCCAUGCAGUGCUCUGCUUGGGCUAAGUCACCCUCAGGGGCCUGGAUUGACACGACCGUCCUCCGAGACCUGAGCUACCUGGGUUCCCUGCACAUGAUGGAUGCUCAGGGUCCUUACCUUGAAGAGGUGGCAGAGGCAAUCAUUUCGGAUUCAUCAACUUUGAAGACCGGGUCGCACCUAUUUCCAGUCCCAAACAGGAAUUCAAGCAGGUCGUGCUUCUUCAUCUGGGAAGCAGCUUGCAUCUCGAAGAGGAAGAGGCGCACCGCACUGGUGCAGCUUGUCUUUGGUUUUUUGGGUUUUUUUUUUUCUUGGUGCCUGCUCCUAAAACAAGAAUGAGAAAAAUGCUGUGAUCUGCAACAAGGAGCUGAAGCCAAAGUCAGAUAAGUCCUGUGCAAACAGCACGUGACUUCGGCAGCCGUAGCUGGAGGAUCUUCUGUGGUUUCUGCAGAUGGGCAGCGUAGCGCUGGGAGAAGGGAAGGACCCACUCCUGAGACCUCUCCAUCGCUCUCUCCACACAGGGCGGGCCCGGCAGUCUGGUGUCUGGUGCUUUCCCGGUGCUCUCGUUUAGUUUUACUUCCCACUUCUACAGCAGGCCUUCAGAGCACAAUCCUCCUGCUAGAAACGUGCGUUUCCUCUCGACUGCUAAUCCUGGGAUUAUGUGCAAUGAUGAUGGGAGAGCAGGAAUUCUUCGUAAUUAGGCCACCUUUGCCGUGGUGCUAAUUUGCCAUGCAGAUGGCAGCAUGGUUUAAACCAGGGGUGUCCUGCAGGCCGGAUCCACCCUUGGACUUGACUUGCAGGCCACGUCUGGCAGGUAUUAUGGACCAGCCUCGUGCGGGCGCCGUGUGCAACACUAUCCUGGACCAGUGGGCAUCACAGGAACUGGGUCCUGCAUGCUGGGGGAAAUGGGAGAGGGGUGUUUCUGGGCCUGAUGCAGCUCGCAGAGUCAACCACACCGCUCUUCCUGCCCAUGGGGCGGGUGAGAUGAUUUCCCAGAGAGGUGGUGGCAUCUCCAUCCUUGGAGGUUUUGAAGACCCGGCUAGACAAACCCUUGGCUGGGAUGAUAUGGUUGGGGCUGGCCCUGCUCGGAGCAAGGGAUUGGACUAAAUAUGACCUCCCAAGCUCCUUUCCAACCUGAAUUUUCUAUGAUUAGAUGAGUUUGACACCCCUGGUAUAAAUAGGAAACAGUUUGCACUGAAAUGCACAGGCAGAGGUUAUGGUUCCCAUUGAAAUACGUUGAGAUUGUCCACCUUGUUCUUAAAAAAAAGAGGCCUGGCACUUUCUGCUCCACCCCACGCCUUACUGACCGCUCUGGAAGGGCAGGAAGCCCCUUUGGAUUCGGCCUUUGGACAUUCACCGACUCUCCCGUGAGUCUGAUCCAGGUCUGUGACCCGUCUCUCUGUCCAGUCCGCGGUAUCCGUAAUGUGCCUUGUAGCCAUAGCUGCUAAGCACCUGAGAUGCAUCUUAGCCAGCAUGGUCAGAAGCUCGUAGCUGUAGGCAUUUUGCAGGAACAUCCCUCUUGGACAUUGCUCUUUUCACUAAGUGCCUGUUCUCAAAGCCAUAACCCUUUAGGUUUUUGCUGCAAUGGAGGGAAAUGAGUAUGCAGCAGGGAGGAGAGCUACCAAUGCAGGGCCAGGCGGCAGCAAGGUUGCAUGGCAGAAAUCUGUUCUCCUUUGCGAUGCCUCGCACACGUGGAUUCGCCUUGCACACACAGUUGCCUUGUGGAUCUCUUCCUGGGCAGAGGGCUGUGCUGCGCUUGCUCUGGUCCUGCUGGGAGCAGGGACGGGUGGUUUUCCUGCGCAGAGGUCAUUAGCAGGGAGGACGGCACCUUUGCUUUGCAUGCCAAAGACAAGCUCCACGGCAGGGUCUGCUGUCGGACACGCCGUGCCUUUGAAUCCUGUUGAAGGUGAGUUGAGGUCUCGCGAUUGCUCCGAACUUGCGGGCACCGGAGAGUGCCCCUUGCAUACCUACGAGGGGCCUGAUCCUUUCACGGAGGUCUUGCCCAGUCCUGCCCCGCAAGGGGCUAAGAGCACCCUCGCCUCCCGUUGAACCGAUCAGCCCCCGUGCUCUCUUCCUCCUGGCUUUAUGGAUUUGAAGGUGCUCAGUAGCUAGCCGCACGGGCCCGUCAGGCCAAAUAUGAAGUUUACUCUCUGGUAACUUGUGCACAUGGAUUUCCAAAUCCCGUAUUCACCUUGAUGCUGAGGGCAAGUCCAGCACAUCCACGUUUUCUGUAUUUAUAAAUAUGCAAAGAGAUAUAUUUUUGUUCUCAGCUAGUUACCUCUCCUAACCCGCCUAUUUCAGAGCAACCGGCAUAUAUUUUUUAUUCAACACCUGAAAUGACUUUUUUACACUAAGAGAAUGAAAGCUGGUAGAAGCAUGUGUUUUUCUGUAUUUUUAUUACGCAUUAUCCAAUUAUAUUGAGAUGUAUUUUCCUCUUUGCUCUGCUCUUUCUGUUGUUAUCCUUACUUUAUCAGUUAUGCUUUUCUAAUGUUUUGUAAGGGAAAAUAAAUAUGCAAAAUUGCCAGAUGCCUUUCCCCCCCUCACCUCCCUCCUUUGCAGAAGGAGUAUCACAAAUGCUUUUUAUUACAUUUUACCAAUCCAAUAAACUCCUUUAUAAAUUUCA